AUGAAGAUUACGGCGCUUCUUGGCCUCUUCGGCCUCGCCGCCGUUUCAACAGCGCAUUUCGCGCCCGACUACGAUGCCAAUGACUACUACGUUCUUCAUCUGGAUGAAGGCGUCCAGCCCGACCACGUCGCUGACCGUCUUGGACUGCGACACGAAGGCCCCCUUGGCGCUCUCGACCACCACUACAUCUUCCGCUCCCCUAAAUACGACCACGAUGUCGUCAAGCCACAGCUCCUCGAAUGGCGCAGACGGAAACGAGACGGAUCCCACGAUAUCCUUGACACUGUUCGCCUCGCCAGAAAACAGCAGCCGCGCACCAUGCUGCAGAAGCGUAUCCCGCCGCCUCCCCUGCCCCACGCCGCUCGUGCAUCACAGCAGCCGAAUGCGGAGGCACUUACCAAGCAAAAAAACGUCAUGCAGCUACUCUCGAUCAACGACCCUACCUUCCCUGGACAAUGGCACCUGUUCAACCCGGUUCAACUAGGCCACGACGUCAACGUGACCGGCGCUUGGGUUGAAGGUGUCACCGGCAAGAACGUCACUGUCGCCAUUGUCGACGAUGGUCUCGACAUGCACAGCCUGGAUCUCAAGGAUAACUAUUUCGCCGAAGGAUCCAAAGACUACAACGACCCAGGCCAAGACCCAUCACCAAAACUACCCGAAGAUGGCCACGGAACCCGAUGCGCUGGCGAAGUCGCCGCUGUCAAGAACGAUGUAUGCGGUGUUGGCGUCGCUUACGAUGCCAAGGUGGCAGGUAUUCGCAUUCUCAGCAAGCCCAUCAGUGACAUGGACGAAGCCCAGGCCAUGAUUUACGAGUACCAAAAAAAUCAAAUUUACUCUUGCUCGUGGGGGCCCCCAGAUGACGGCCGUUCCAUGGAGGCUCCUGGUAUCCUCAUCCGCCGCGCUAUGCUCGAGGGCAUUCAAAAGGGCCGACACGGUCUCGGUACAAUUUACGUCUUUGCCUCUGGUAACGGCGCCGCCUCGGAAGAUAACUGCAACUUCGAUGGCUACACCAACUCCAUUUACAGCAUCACUGUCGGUGCUGUCGACCGUGAGGGCAACCACCCAUACUACUCUGAGCACUGCUCUGCGCAGCUCGUUGUCACAUACAGCAGCGGAAGCGGUGACUCUAUUCACACUACCGAUGUGGGCACUAAUAAGUGCACCAUCUCUCAUGGGGGUACAUCUGCCGCCGCCCCCUUGGCUGCUGGUAUCUUUGCUCUUGUCAUGCAAGUUCGGCCGGAGCUGACCUGGCGAGAUCUCCAAUAUCUUGCCCUCGAAACCGCCGUCAAGGUCGAUGACCCCAACGCUGAUUGGAAUACAACUGCCAUUGGCAAGCACUUUUCGCACACCUUCGGAUACGGCAAAAUCGAUAGCUACAGCAUCGUUCAGAUGGCCAGGACCUGGAAACAGGUCAAGCCCCAGGCGUGGUACUUCUCCCCCUGGAUUCACGUUAAGACCCCCAUUCCGCAGGGUAACGAGGGCGUUACCUCCACCUUUGAGGUAACCCAGGAUAUGCUCACAGAAGCCAACCUCGAACGCCUAGAGCAUGUCACCGUCACCAUGAAUGUUGACCACACCCGUCGCGGCGAUCUCAGCGUAGACCUCGUCAGCCCUGAAGGCUUCGUCAGCCACAUCGCUACCACCCGCAGGAUGGAUAGCCACGGCAGCGGCUACGUUGACUGGACCUUUAUGAGUGUUGCUCACUGGGGCGAGAAGGGUGUCGGAAAAUGGACGGUCAUUGUCCGAGACAGCAACGUCAACCAGCACAGCGGCAAGUUCGUCGACUGGCGCCUCAAGCUCUGGGGCGAGUCCAUCGACGCCGGCAAGGCCAGCCUCCUGCCAAUGCCCACUGAAAAUGACGACGUGGACCACGACAAGGUUGAGACCGUUACCAUUCCCGGAACCACCACCUCCGUCCCGCCGCAAGCCACCUCUGAGCCCUCCCCGACGGUCUCUGUGCCUGACGACCAUAUCAACCGGCCGACGAAGCCCGCCGGUGGAGACACAGCGCCCUCGCCCACCACCACGACUCCGGCCAGCACGCCCGUGGACCAGAAGCCCGCCGAGAGCAGCCCGUCGUCGAACUGGAUCUCGUGGCUGCCAUCCUUUGGCGCCUCCAAGACGGCCCAGAUCUGGAUCUACGGCGCCGCUGGCCUCAUCGGCGCCUUCGGUAUCGGCCUUGGCAUCUUCUUCUACAUUGCCCGCCGCCGCCGCCUGCGCAACGACUCGCGCAGCAACUACGAGUUUGAGCUCCUCGACGAGGAGGAGGGCGGCCGCGACGGCGCCGCCGCCGGCGGCAUCGAGAAGGGCCUAGUCUCUGGCAAGUCCGGCCGUCGCACCCGCGGCGGCGAGCUCUACGACGCCUUUGCGGAUGGCAGCUCCGAGGACGAGGAGUCGGACGCGGACGAGUUUGACGCCUAUCGGGAUCGCUCGGCGGACCGCCUCGCGGGCGUGGAGCACCUCCCCGAAGACGAGGAGCAGCACGUCAUUGGCGAUGAAAGCGAGGACGAGGACGAUGCUGCUGUGGAUGAAAAGGCCGGUCAGGGACGCGCCUUGACAAAGUAA